AUGGCCGGGCUCACGGAGGACAAGGCUAGAGCUUUACGCAAUUUCUCUGCUUGCGAUGUGUCUGACGCUCUUCUCAAAUUGCAGGAUGUGCCCAGUGGUACCACUGCGACUGCGGGCUUUUUAGCUGACUUGGGGAAUGCCGUGGACAUUGUGGUCGCGCCGAUUUCUACUGUCCAGUUCAUCCCAAAGGGAGAAUCUCUGCCCCCAAUCGCACAAGAGAACCCCGACCUGCAUGGCUUUCCCACGGCCACGCAUUGGGUGGAUCUUACGCAACCUGGUACGGUUGUUCUUGUCGAUCAGCCUGACGGGCAAAAAUGCGCCGUCCUUGGUGGGAUUAUGGCCUCAAGGAUGAGUGCUAUCGGCGCCAAAGGCGUGAUAGUAAAUGGCCGAGUAAGAGACCUUAAUGAGCUCAGAAACAGUGGCCUUUCAAUCUGGGCACGCGGUCAAUCCACAGUUGGUGCGGGCGCCGAAGCCAAACCAGGUGCGAGAAACAUCCCGAUUCGCGUAGGUGGUGUCACAGUAUUUCCGAACGACAUUGCAUUUUGCGACCCAGUCGAGGGAGUUGUUGUGAUUCCGAAUGGUUUGCUGGAUAGCGUUCUGGAAUUGAUGCCACGACUUACCGAGGCAGAUGACCGUGUGCGGGGUGAUAUAGAAAACGGCUCAACAGUAUUUGAUGCAUUUAAGAAGCACCGUUUAUAG